AUGGCGGCGCUCGAACCUCAUUUCCCCUUAAAAGUCGCUGGUGGGAAGACUAUUCAGAUUCCCUCAGUGGGGUUUGGCACUUGGGCAGCAGACAGUAGCUGGUGUAAAGCUUCCGUCUUGACCGCUCUCAAAGCCGGUUAUAGGCAUCUUGAUUGUGCAUGGAUGUACGGAGUCGAUGCAGAAAUCGGGCAGGCGAUCCGCGAGUCCGGGAUCCCCAGAUCCGAGCUCUUCAUCACCACCAAAUUCUGGCCUCAUUUCGCAGCGCCAGAAAACGUCGAACUAUGCCUGGACCAGUCCCUGAAGAAUAUGGGCUUGGACUACGUCGACCUGUACCUCGCUCACUGGCCACACGCCGAGAAGCCCAUCUCACGGCAAGCCCUGGAGAAUGCCAUAGCAAACCCUACCGCUUCGAAGGCGGAGAGAGGAAUCUUGACGAAAACUAAAAAUGGAAACGAGAAUGCCUCCAAAGGAAGUUUCAUCCCCACAUGGAACGCACUCAAAAAGCUCGUGGUGACCGGGAAGACACGUGCAGUCGGCGUAUCGAACUUCUCCAUUGGCGAUCUGAAGGAGAUCAUCCCGCACGCCGAUGACGUGCCCGUCUCAUGCAAUCAAGUCGAAGCCCAUCCCUGGCUGCCGAAUAAUGAACUGAUCUCAUUCAUGCGCGAGCACGGGAUCCUGGCAACCUGCUACUCACCCUUUGCUGGCCAGCAGGCAGACGGUAAGACGCUGUUGAAGGACCCAACUGUGGUGAAGCUUGCAGAGGAGAAUUCUGUCGACAUAGGUCAGUUGUUACAGAGCUGGGCGGUGCAACGGGGCACGGUGCCGUUGGGGAAGAGCCAGACUGAGUCUCGAAUCAAAUCCAACCUCGCCAUCAGGCGCCUGCCGGGAGAAGCCCAAGCAGCGCUUGACGCGCUCGAGCUCCCAGACGAGUCUGGCAGAACCAUUAGAAUGGACCUGGCGUGGGGCUUACCGCUCUUCCAGAACGCUACAGACUAA